AUGUUCGACACCAUCUGCACCCUCCCUCUUCCCUCGGACGUUUUCGCUCAAGUGGUCCAUCCGACUCAGCCUUUAUUCACGAUCGGCUUGUCUUCGGGACAUGUGUACACCUACAAGCUCCCCUCCGACGCGGACGUGAUCGAGGACGACUCUGGGGACGACCCUGCCUCUCCUCCGAAGAACGACAACCUAGACAAUGGCUCGAUCAUACCUUCCCUGCGCAGAGCUUCCUCGACAAGCCUCUCGGAGAGUGGACUGGGCUCAAUCGAUACGAUAUGGACAACAAGAAGACACAAGGGCUCAUGUCGAUGUCUGGCAUUCAGUCACGAUGGAGAGAUAUGCUACUCAGCAGGCACGGAUGGGCUCGUAAAGGCAUUUCUGACAGACACUGGCAAGGUCGUGAGCAAGAUCGCUAUACCAGACAAGAUUAGUGCUGGAGGGGUGACCAAUGGGCCGACUGUCCUGCAUGCACUUUCACCGCAGGCUCUGCUACUGGGCACAGACUCGGGGCAUCUUUACCUGCACGAUCUACGACAUGGAGGCAAAGAGAUGCAGGCAAGUGUAAGCCAGACAUGGACACCACAUGGGGCGGAACAUAUCAACUCGCUCGUUCCUCUACCAGCAAGCGAGACCAGCACAAGCGGCUUUCCCAAGCAAUGGGUCAGCGUCGGAGGGACUACACUUGCAGUCACAGAUCUCCGCAAGGGCACAAUUGCGACAAGUGAAGACCAGGAAAUCGAGCUGACGAGUGUUGCUAUGGUGCAGGGUCUCAAGAAGGGCGGCACGAGCGUCGGCGAGAAGAUCCUGGUUGGCCAAAGUGACGGAGUGGUCAGCUUGUGGGAGCGAGGUGUAUGGGGUGACUUGGACGAGCGAAUUGUGCUUGAUCGCAGUGGCCUCAGCGUGGAUACCCUUGCUGAAGUACCCUUUGGCUUUGGAGGCGGCAAGUUGAAGAUGAACGAAAAGCUUGUCGCGGCUGGUCUUGAAGAUGGAAGAGUACGAUUCAUGAGGAUUGGUCGGAACCGAGUUCUCCUCGACAUGGAUGCCAAACAUGACGAUCUCGACGGUGUCGCUGCUGUCGGAUUCGACAUUGAGGGCCGAAUGAUCACCAGUGGAGGCCAGACCGUCAAGGUAUGGACUGAAGCGAAGGGACUGCCAGGCGGUGGAAGAGGGGCUUCAACCAAACACGACUUGUCGUCAGACGAUGAUAUGGAUGAUUCCGCUGCUGACGAAAGCAGUGACGAGGAGGAUCGCGCGAAGCAGAAACGCAAGAAGAGAAAGAGAAACAAGGGUAAGGACAAAUCUGGGGGAAAGGCGCUCGACUUUUCCUUGUGA